CGAGAAGGUGGUCGUUCUCAACUCGCUCGAAGAAACCACCGUCACCAUCACGCAGCUGGAUCCCAUCUACGCCGUGGGCGGUGUGUUUUAUCUCCGUCUGCGAAGCAACGUCACCGUCACGGAGGAGUGCCAGUUCUCCAUCGUGUAUCACGUGCUUCCCGGUUUGUCCCGCGGGGAGGAUCGAUCGUAGGGAACGUCCCUUACCUCUACGGCGACGAAGUGCUGGCGCACAGCUCGAAGAACACGGGCGUGAGCAUCGCGUAUUACAAGAUCUCCAUUCCUUCCGAGGAGUUCCAGGACUUCAAAUCGGUGACGAUUUCGCUGUCGAACAUCGCGUACACGUGGAAUGUGAAUCCUGCGUACUGCAUCGGGUUCGAUGUCUAUUUGGGCAUGGCCAAAACCCGCCUCAUCAUCAACCCGCAAGACAACUCCACCUAUUCGCACCACGCCUGGCUCUCCGCCCGCAAUGAAUUCUCCGUUACGAUCACAGAAAACGAGCCGGGCUGGUGCAACAACUGCAUUUUCGGAGUGGCGAUUCGCACCACCAACAUGACUUCCUGGCGCAUCAACGCCCACUUGAAUUAUGUCGCGAUCCCUCUGCAGCCCGACGUUCCGCGCCAAGGCUCGAUUAUCCCGUUUACUGGAGGUAUUCACUCCUCGUUCUACCUCCACCAGACCGACUACCGACCCAUCUCCAUCCGCGCUACGCGCCUCCAGUCCGCCGAUAAGCACAUCCAGCUGUUCGUGUCGAUCACGGAGCCGGCGACGAUCAAGAACCACUCCUGGAUGGACACCACCGUGGGCGACGAUCUCGCGCAGGUCACGCUGUCCAGCGACCAUCCCUUCUUCUGCACCGACUGCUACUACUACAUCGGCGUCUACUCGCUCGAGGAGGAAGAGGAGGAGCACCCCGUCGACGUGGAGGUCGCCGUGGAGUGUCCCGACGGCGUCUGUCUCAGCUGCGAGGCGGGCUACGACCCCGCGACCAACUGCCAGGACUGUCUGCCGGGCUAUUUCGGCGCGACGUGCGAGCCCUGCAAGGGAUGUGCGCACGGAAAGUGCGAUAGCGGGAAGCAGGGAAGCGGGAAGUGCGUGUGCGAGGAGGGCUGGGGCCCGGAGGAUGUGUGCAAUGAAUGCAAGGCAGGGUUCUGGGGACUGCAGUGCGAGGCGUGCCCGUCGUGCAAUGGACACGGCCAGUGCAGCGAUGGAAUCGACGGAACGGGGCAGUGCGUGUGCGAGGGAAACUGGGAUCCGCGCGUGAACUGCGAGGACUGCAUCGCGGGGUUCUGGGGCGCGGCGUGCAUGGGAGAAUGCCCGCGGAACGAGGAAGGAUUGAUCUGCUCGGGACAUGGGAAGUGCAACGACAAGGACUUCGGAAAUGGGCGAUGCACCUGCGAGAAAGGAAUGGUGGGAAUCAAGUGCGAUACGAGGAAGGAGGACGACAAGUGCUCGCCGUCCUGCUCCGAACUGCACGGAGCCUGCGAUGAAGAGAAGGGUGUGUGCGUGUGCUAUGAUGGAUACAAGGGAAAGACGUGCGAGAGCUCGCAGAACAUGGUCAUCAUCAUCGUGGGUAUAUCGGUGGUGGUGCUGAUUCUGGUCGCCGUUGUUUUCUAUAUCAUCUACACUACGAAGAGCCUGAGUGGGAAGAAUAAGAAGCGCCAUGCGAAGGACGCUCUGCUGGAGAGCGUAGAAU